GGCGACAAUCUGGCAAUCAUACGCCAUUUUCUUUUUCAUUGAUAGAGUUCUUUCUAUGUGAUGCACAGAAAGCGUGGUUUGAUUAUCAUCAAUUUGAAACCAUGAGCGACGAACAAGCAGAAAUUAAGCUGGAGGAAUCCUCACACCCUGCAUCUGACAAAAAAAGGGAUAAAGAUCGCAAGAGAUCAAGGUCCCCUCGAAGAAGAUCCAGGAGCAGAGACCGUAAGAGGUCGCGGUCUAAAGAGAGAUCAAGGCCAAAGAGAUCAAGAAGUCGAUCUCCAAGAAAACCACGUAAAAAAAGACCACACAAAUAUUGGGACAUACCUCCUCCUGGAUAUGAACACAUUACUCCAGCACAGUACAAGGCCAUGCAAGCGGCUGGCCAGAUCCCCACGGAACCUGUAGCUCCUAUGCCUGCCGCAGUGGUGGCCUCAACAGACAUUACGCAGGUUCCUGGCAUGAGCUCACUCAGUCGACAAGCUCGCCGUCUUUAUGUGGGAAAUAUUCCCUUUGGCAUGACUGACGAAGCUAUGAUGGAUUUCUUCAACCACCAGAUGAGAAUAACUGGUCUGGCACAGGCAGAGGGCAAUCCUGUUAUUGCCGUUCAAAUCAACUUAGACAAAAAUUUUGCAUUUUUAGAAUUUCGGUCAGUGGAUGAAACUACACAGGCUCUUGCAUUUGAUGGCAUCAGCUUUCAGGGUCAACCAUUGAAGAUCAGAAGACCAAGUGAUUACAAGCCUUUGCCUGGAAUGGCAGAAAAUCCGACUCUUGCAGUGCCAGGUGUGGUAUCAACAGUUGUUCAAGAUUCUGCACACAAAAUAUUUAUAGGAGGACUUCCAAGUUAUCUAAACGAGGAUCAGGUCAAAGAACUGCUCGUCUCCUUUGGGCCGUUGAGUGCAUUUAACUUAGUCAAAGACAGCGCCACUGGUCUUACUAAGGGAUUUGCUUUUUGUGAAUAUGCAGAUGUUUCAGUGACUGAUCAG